AUGUCACAUUCAAGUCCAAAGGUUUCAUCCAAUAAUAUCUCUUAUGGUAUCAAUACAGUUGGUACCACCAGUGGAAAUAAUAAUAAUAAUAAUAGUAGUGGUAAUAGUAAUAAUGCAAUAUUGACGAGUAAUAACAGUGACGAUGAAUAUACUGGUCUUAGCAAAUCAGGUGGCCUAGAUAAUAGCGGUGGAAUAGGAGCGCCCUCCGGAAGAUACUCUUCGAUCUACGACCAAGACAAUACAUACUCACAUAGCUCUCAUCAAUCGAAUGCACACCACUCUAAUCGAACAUGUGCAUCUUAUGCCGAUCGUGUUUUAUUCUCCAACAAAUACUACUAUGCCUACAUUUUCAUGAUCAUUCUUAAUCUAAUUCUAAUUCUAUGGAAAACAUCGGUACCUUCACAUUGGUUGUUUGUAGUUUUAGAUAUUUCAGUGAAUAUAGCUUUGUUGGUGGAGAUAUCGUUGCAGAUAACAUCGCAAAAGAGUCGUUAUUUUAAAGAGUGGUCGAAUAGACUGGAUCUUUUCGUGUUGGUGCUGUCGAUUGCCGGUCUCUUUAUGUAUUUACUCUCGCAUGCAUCGAUUGCCUUUGACUAUGAGGGUAUUGUUAUCAUAUUCUUCACGGCAAUGCGUUAUUGUGUGCAGUUCCUUCGUUUGUUGGCGUUGAUCAAGCGACAAAAGAUGAGAGCAUCCACCUUCAACAGCAGAGUAGAUUUUAACGAACUGAAAGAGUCAGACUUGGUUUUCGACGUUGACACUUCGGAUUAUUUAAACUUCAUAGCACACAGUAUAACUUAUAAAACUUUCACAACUUAUUUACAAUCAAUAAUAUUAUGUCAAUAUAAUUGA